AUGCCUCACAAUAUUAUGUCCAUCAAUGAUUCAAAUCAUGUGCAAAUUGGUGGUAGAAAAUCAAAGUUGGCUGUUGUCCAAUCUGAAUUAGUUAAAAAGGCUAUUGAAGAUACUUUCCCAAACUUGUCCUGUUCUAUAUUGGCUUUAUCUACUUUGGGUGAUAAAGUUCAAACUCAACCUUUGUAUACUUUUGGUGGUAAAUCAUUAUGGACUAAAGAAUUGGAAAUUUUGUUACUAGAUAGCAUCGAUGAAUAUCCACAAUUAGAUCUUAUCGUUCAUUCUUUGAAAGAUAUGCCAACCAAUUUACCUGAAGAAUUUGAAUUGGGUUGUAUUUUCCAAAGAGAAGAUCCAAGAGAUGCUGUUGUCAUGAAGAGUGGUUCUCCUUAUAAACUGUUGAAGGAUUUACCUGCAGGUGCUAUUGUUGGUACUUCAUCCAUCAGAAGACUGUCACAAUUAAUUAAAAACUAUCCUCAUUUGAGAUUCGAGCUGGUUAGAGGUAACAUUCAAACUAGAUUGAACAAGUUGGAUCAACCAGAUAAUGAAUACUGUUGUCUUAUAUUGGCCAGUGCUGGUUUGAUCAGAUUAGGUUUAGGUGACAGAAUAACCUCUUUCUUGGAUGAUAUGUAUUAUGCCGUUGGUCAAGGUGCCUUGGGUAUAGAAAUCAGAAGAGGUGAUGAUAAAGUUAAACCAAUUUUACAAAAAAUCGAAGAUCCAAUAGCCACCGUGUGUUGUCUUGCGGAAAGAUCAUUAAUGAGAUAUCUUGAAGGUGGUUGUUCAGUACCAUUGGGAGUCAACAGUAAUUACAAUGAAGAUACACAAGAAUUGACAUUAAAAGGUAUAAUAGUCAGUCCUGAUGGUUCAGUAUGGAUUGAAGACGAAGUUGUCAAAACCAUCAAUUGCAAUGAAGAUUGUGAACAAGUUGGUAUUGAAUUAGGAGAUAAAUUAAAAGCCAAAGGUGCCAAAGAAAUAUUAGACAAGAUUGAUAUGACCAGAAAUAUUAACGCCAGACCAACUGAAGUAUGA